CUGCAUCGUCAUCAUCAUACACGUUAGAUAGAGGUGGGGAACACCUCAGCUACUGUGGCUUGCGCUGCACCAUCCACACACCGCAUAUCGAGUGUAAACCCGAAGGAAUAAGACCGGGAAGCAUGUGGAUGGGAGCCACGUUUCAUCAACGGAGCCGGCUCACACACCUUCACAGGCAAACACAAGCACGCUGUAUUUAGGGAAUCAAGCGCACACGUGGCGUUGGUUAAACCGUAGUCCGCUCCACACAGAUUGCAUGGAACCGCUCUUCUAGCCUAGCACGGCCACAAAGACCGUGCACCCCGUCCCCUCCAGCAACGGCCAACUGUCUCCUGAAGCCAGUCUAGACUGCGUAGUGGGUACUAGACAGGUAGGCACCUUGUCAACAUGCACAUCAAGCGCAACCACACCAAGGAUAUCAAGCAACGGCCAAUCACUUGAAACGACAAGAUGAAAUAAAAUAAAUGCAAUACUGCAAACAGAUACGGUGGCAUAACUCUUCGCAAUAUUAGCAUCUGAAAUUCUACCGCACUAAAUGCCGAUGACGUUCCUUUGGUUUACCAGCGGCUGCUGAACGAAACCUAUAUGCCACAACAAACGGAUCACAAUGUCCUUAUCAUUCACCCAGAAGUAAAGCAACUUACUCCAUCUCGUGGCGUCACCAACAGGACACAGUUGGUUCCGGGCCAACCGCAUCAGUCUAGUCCAGAUGUCAAAGAAGCUCACGCGCUGAUCGAUUCUCUUGGAGGAUGGAGUAUUGUGGAUACUGUUUCAUUUAAGGUGAAGCAUUCUGUUCGCAACAAUCGGCCGACUUUCUUCACACGAGGGAUAUGGGAGGAGGUCACCGACACGGUCGAGCGUUAUCAUGCUGAACGUCUGCCACGCGACGCAACCUUGACGAACGAACGGACCAACCCAGAUUUGUCUCAUCCUGAAUAUCCGGUGACCGCCGUCUUCGUAAAUUGGCCCCAGUUGAGCACUUCACAGAUCUUGAGAAUGAGUGCUGCUUGGCGUCUACCAGUCUACGAUCGCUACACCCUGGUCGUUCACCUAUUCAAUCUGCGCGCACAGAAUCAAGAGGCGCGAAUACAGGCGGAGCUAGCACAGAUAAGUUUACUCAAAGCACGUCUGCCAACAGCUGUGACCUCCUUUGUUCCUGUGGUGGGGCAGAAAGAAAACGUCUUUCGAUUCGGAGCCGGAACCAUUGACCGGUUAUCGCAAUUGUUGCGGAAAAGAGAAGUUCAUCUACUGGAACAAGCAACCGUCAUCGAACGUCAUCGUCAGACUUCCAGAGAUCAACGCCAACAGAAUCAUCCCCACCAAUAUCCCGUUGUGGCUGUUGUCGGCUACACAAAUGCAGGAAAGACAAGUCUAAUCCGUUGUUUGAGUGGCAAUCGGAGCGUUGUCUCUUCUCCUCAGGUUUUCGCCACACUCGAUUUGACGCUUCAUCGUGCCCGGCUUCCCAUUACCGCUCGCUGCACCAUGGAAAAUAGGGAAUCUCCAACUUUGCAACCGCACUGUGGCAAAGUAGCAAUUCCAGGCGUCAAUCUGUUAUUACUAGAUACCAUCGGGUUCAUGGCUGACCUGCCCACCAACCUUAUAGCCGCUUUUCGGGCUACUCUUAUGCAAAGUUUGCAUGCAGACCUCGUCAUUCACGUGGUCGAUGUAAGCGACCCAGCCUGGGAGAAGCGGAUGUCUCACGUAGAACAGGUGUUAUCCCGUGCUGGCGUGCCAACUGGACAGAACGCCUCCACCUUCUAUCGUCCAGCCCAACACACGACGUCUCUCCAAAUCAGUCCUCCAGCGGUUCUUCGCGUUGGUAACAAAGUUGAUAGUGUCCUGGAUCACAUAGAUGAACAAGCCAAAGCCAACCUGGACGUGCUCAUUUCUGCUAAACAGGGAACGGGGGUGUGUCAGUUGACGGAAUUAAUUGAAGCUGAGCUGGCUCGUCGUCUCCAGUGGACACGUCGCACACUCAAAAUGAAACAAGGAAGCGAGGCUCUCCAAUGGCUCUACUCAAACGCAAUGGUCAUUGAUGUUUCUGCGAUCGAUGACGAUCCCGGUCACCUGACAGUGUCUGCAUUAUUCACUCCCUCGUCAUGGGGCAGAAUGCAAACUAAUUUUCGAAUUGGACCGACGCAGUCACUGCAAGCUGCUGAAAUCGGAAACCUUUGA